AGAAAAAAGAAGAUCAUUUAUCCGCCUCCCUAACCAUUUUUUUAUGUCAUAAUAACUUUUAAAAUCUGGAUUUCUGUGCAAGUUUAUACAAAUAAAACAAUGACUGGCAUCGGGAAACUCACUUCUCUACUGCACUCAGUUAAACAUGCCCCAGCUUUCAAGUGCUCCAGUGUAAACCACAGUUACAAAAGUGCAAUUUGCUUGGAGAAGCUGCACCCUCAAAGUAGCUUGAAACUUACUACACCCACCAAGCCCGCAACAUCCCAAACGCCAGACUUUGAUGGUUAUAUUCCUUUGGACCAAUUGGAAAUCACUUACAGUCGCAGCUCAGGCCCGGGGGGCCAAAACGUAAACAAAGUGAACACGAAGGUUGAUGUGAGAUUCCAUCCCAACUCAGCCAAGUGGCUGAGCGAUAAAGUCAAGACGAAACUCCUGGAAAAAUUUCAGUCAAAGCUGACCAAAGAAGGCCACUUAGUGUUCCGUUCGGAACUCACGAGACACCAGCAGUUAAACUUGGCGGACUGUCUAGAAAAGCUUAGAAAGUGCAUUAGAGAUUCUCUGCAGGAAAAGCCAGAACCAUCAGAGGAAACUCUGGACAGAAUAAGGAGGAGAAUGGAAAGAGCCAACAAGGAAAGACUAGCUGAGAAAAGGUUCAACGGUAUGAUUAAAGCAGAGAAACAGAUUCUCAAUAACAUACAGUUGUAAAGUUUAUUUCGUAAGAAUAAACAUUUUCAGUUAGAAGUCUAACACGAGAAAGUC